AGAAGUACUUGAGUUUUGCAUUUACAAAUGGCUGAGCUGCAGAAAUUUGCGGAUCUCCUUCGGAACUGUUCUAAGUAUUCCUUACUGGAUCAUGGACGUCAAAUCCACACAGCUGUUCUGAAGAUGGGAUUUGGAGCUGAUCCCAUGAUAAACAAUGAUCUUGUUGGUAUGUAUGGCAAGUGUGGUGCAACUAUUACAGCUCGUAGAGUUUUCGAUGAAAUGCCCGUAAGAAAUGUAGUUUCAUGGACGACACUUAUGACUGGGUACUUGGCAAAAGGCAAUGCCAAAGCUUCAUUGUCCCUAUUCUUUCAAAUGGGUUACUCAGGAAUUGAACCUAAUGAUUUUACUUUCUCAACUAAUCUAAAGGCUUGUGGAAUUCUGGGUAUUCGUGAGACUGGAAUGCAGAUACAUGCGCUCUGUGUGAAAACAGGAUUCGAGCCUGUGCCAGUUGUCGGAAAUUCAAUCAUGGAUAUGUACUCAAAAUGUGGAAGAUUAGAUGAAGCAACUCAAAUGUUCGAUGAAUUGCCUUCUAGAAAUCUCAUUAGUUGGAACACAAUAUUGUCAGGAUAUGCCCAUGAUGGACGUAGUUAUAGACCUCUGGAGUUAUUCCGGAGAAUGCAAGAAGAAGGAGAAAUCCCCGAUAAUUUUACUUUUGUGAGUGCAUUAAAGGCUUGUGGUGGUGUUGGGGCAAUGCACGAGGGACAGCAAAUUCAUGCCUCACUGAUGAGAAGGGGAUUCGAUAUUUCGCGGCAGGCAAUUCUAGCUUGUGCUCUCGUUGAUUACUAUGUUAAAUGCAGAAGUUUAUCUGAAGCAAGAUAUAUCUUUAACCAAAUUGAGCAGAAGAAUGUAGUUUGCUGGACUACGAUGAUAACGGGUUACACUCAAGCAGGAGAUGCACAGAAUGCGAUGGAAUUAUUUGGACAGACUAGGGUAAUAGAUGUUCAAGUUGAUGGUUUCAUUCUCUCAAGCAUGAUAGGCGUUUUUGCAGAUUUAGCGCUUGUGGAGCAAGGGAAACAAGUACAUUCUUAUACCAUUAAGGUUCCAUCUGGUUUAGAUGUUUCUGUGGCAAAUUCAAUUGUAGAUAUGUACCUUAAAUGUGGGUUAGCAGAAGAAGCAAAAAGGCGUUUUAGUGAAAUAUCAGAACCCAACGUAAUUUCUUGGACAGUGAUGAUAACUGGAUGCGGAAAACAUGGAUAUGGCAAAGAAGUGAUCCAACUGUUUGAACAAAUGCAGCUGGAGAAUAUCAAUCCUGAUGAGGUAACUUAUUUAGCUGUGCUUUCUGCUUGUAGCCAUGCUGGGCUCAUAGAAGAAGGUCGCAAGUAUUUCUCGAGGCUAUGUGGAGACCAUAGGAUCAAACCGAAAGUAGAGCAUUACUCUUGUAUGGUAGAUCUUCUUGGUAGAGCUGGUGAGUUGAAAGAAGCUAAGAAUCUUAUUAACAACAUGGAAGUUGAACCAAAUGUAGGGAUAUGGCAGACACUGUUAGGAGCUUGCCGAGUUCAUAAAGACUUCGAACUAGGAAAGGAAGUUGGAGAGAUUCUGAUGAGACUAGAUGAGAAUAACCCAGUAAAUUAUGUGAUGAUGUCGAACCUUUUUGCUGAGUCUGGGGGAUGGAGGGAGUGUCAGAGAGUUCGGGAACUGAUGAAACGGAAGGGUUUGAAGAAAGAAGCAGGGUGUAGUUGGGUUGAAAUUGACAAGGAAGUACACUAUUUUUACGGAGGGGAUGACAGACGCCCCCUCACAGAGAAAAUUCACCACCUGUUGAAAGAGAUGGAGAAAAGGAUGAAAGAAGAAACGGGUUAUGUUUACAGGGCGAGGUUUUCGUUGCAUGAUGUAGAAGAUGAGUCAAAGGAAGAGAGUUUGAGAAUGCACAGUGAGAAGUUGGCAAUUGGUUUAGGGUUAUUAGGAGGGGACUUGGAGGAGAAAGGAGGUGUGCUGAGAAUUUUUAAAAACUUGAGGGUUUGUGGGGAUUGCCAUGAGUUUAUAAAAGUAUUGUCAAAGAUUUUGAAGAAGGUGGUUUUCGUAGUUAGAGAUGCUAACAGGUUUCAUAGGUUUGAGAAAGGGGUUUGUUCUUGUGGGGAUUACUGGUGAUUUUUUGAAAUUUGCACUGUAAAGUCUGUAAUCAUUAUUUUCGUCUCUAAACUUGGUUGGACAAGAUUGCCUCGUCCAUAAGAUACAACCUUGCGUUGAAUGCACCCUUGGCAGCUACUAUAGCCAUUUUUAGUC